GUGUUUCCAUAUGACCGGGCUGCAUACACAUGCUGCGGUCCCUCCAAGGAGCCAGACGCGGACCCUGACAGUGAGAGAGGAAGGAAAGACAGGGGCCAACUGCAUAAAGCAGCGCCUCUCCAGCGGAUCAUACAGCGCUGAGGAGCAAACACAACCAUGCGCCUUUGGGGGAUCUGCGUGUUUCUAGCGUAUCUGUUGUACUCUAACCUGGCCAGCGACUUCAGCCACACAGAUUACUAUGAGGAGCCCUCGGAGCUGGAGCCGAUGGACCAGCCGGAGCCUUUACCAAAGCCAGACAUGGAGCAGAAGCUGCGUUCAGCCUCCACUGUAGAUGAAUUGAUGAGUCUGAUCUAUCCCUCUUACUGGGCUGCUCUGAAGUGCAGAUCCAAACUUUCUGCUGCUGCCUCCCCAGCUUCCGAAUUCACUCAGCGCUCACAGACUCAGCGGCUGCGGCCACCAGCAGACGCAGAGGAGCCGAUAUACGCAGCUGCCUACCUCAACUUGGACGUCCUUAAAAGUAUAGAGUUGGAGUGGAGGAAAACUCAAUGCAUGCCCAGAGAAGUGUGUGUUGAUGUGGGCAGGGAGUUCGGGGCUCCCACCAACGUCUUCUAUAAGCCACCGUGUGUGUCUGUAUAUAGGUGUGGAGGAUGCUGCCCCUCCGAGGACAAGCAAUGCCGAAAUAUCUCCACCGGUUACGUCAGCAAAACCCUUUUUGAGAUCACAGUGCCGCUGACCCAGGGCACCAAACCUGUCACCAUCAGCGUGGCCAACCACACCCAGUGCAGCUGUCUGUCCAAACUGGACAUUUACAGACAAGUCCACAGCAUCAUCAGACGAUCCCUGCCAGAAUGUCCAAUAGUCAACAGGACGUGUCCUCCUGGUCAGACGUGGAACAUCAAGCAGUGUCAGUGUGUCAGCAUGGCUUCCGUUGGACAAACUAAGUCCUCUCCUCCACCGCUGCCUCCUCUAAGACCACCGCAGCAGCACCAUGACAUCUUCUCAUCAGACUUCUGUGGCGCAGAUAAGGAGCUGGAUGUGGAAAGCUGUCAAUGCGUAUGUCGCCUUAAAAAGGACUGUGGCCCUAACCGACACCUGGACAGAAACACUUGCAAAUGCGUUUGCAACAUGUUGCGGGCUCCAUCUUGCCCCCUGAACCACGUCUUCAACAAAGAGACCUGUCAGUGCACAUGUAAUAAGACAUGUCCGAGGCACCAGCCCCUGAACAAGACAAAGUGCUCCUGUGAAUGUAAUGAAUCCCCAAACAAGUGUUUCCUGAGAGGAAGGCGGUUUCACCAAGCAACAUGCAG